GAGGACAGAGGAAAUCGGUUUAGCAAAAGCCGCACUAGCUAUUUUUAGAACCAAAAAGUCUAAAACUAAUUUAUUACAAAUUAGGGAAGGCAGGAAAAAAGCCUAAGAAAUGAGAACCCUAAAGCUUAAUAAAGGAGAGCCAUAGAAAACAUUUUCACGGCUGGAAGAGGUGUAAUGCAUUCGGAGGAAACAGCUGGCUUGAUUGUAUGACUGGUUAUAUCUGGCCCCCACGAUGUUCCUGGUUCUGCUCCUCAUCUGUGCAGGUUGGUACAACGCGCCAGGGAAUGGUGAGGUGGUGACCUUUUUUGAAGACACGUGCCCCCAGUUUUUCUUCAGGGGAACCCCUCCAAAUGGUGGACUCAAUCCCUCGCAUUUCGCUCGCAUUUGCCAGCGUUACAAAAACCUGUAUCGUUUUGCCACCCUGUACGACAAAGACCAUCGCAUCCCGGUCUACUCAGCCUACAUCUACAACCCUGGGCAGGCAAAGAGACCAAAUAAAUGGAUGGUGGAACCUCAGCUAGCUGGUUUAGCAUCCCAACCUGAAAUGGAAACAGAAGGGGCCUUCCUGCAGGAAAGCGGUGCCAAAGAGGACGCGCUACAGAACAGUCAGGCUAUCUUGCUCGAUUACAAGAACCUGACCGAUUUCAACAGGGGCCAUUUGAACCCCAACGGACACCAGCCUGAUGUGGACGCCAAAGCAUCUACCUUUACCUUGACCAAUAUCGUACCCCAGUACAUUAAGCUCAAUGGCGGGGCCUGGAAUAAUUACGAGCAAUCGACGAUGGCACGCAUGACUGAAGAGUGCGAGGAAACAUUUGCCGUGGUGGGAGCAGUGCCUGGGAACAACUACAUCGCCAAAGGGAGAGUCAACAAGCCCAGCUACGUAUGGUCUGCAGCUUGCUGCGUCAUAGACAACAACCACCUGAAAUCCUGGGCCAUCAUUUCCCAGAAUGACGAGAAUGUGGUGCACACUCUCACUUUGGGGGAGUUGGAGGAAAAGCUUACCGAGCUGUAUAAAGGGAAUCCCGUCUCCCUGUUUGACCCUGAAUGUCCCCGGGCAUAAAACUUUGGCCAUAGAUAUCUUUCAUGAAGAUAGCAGAUGCCAAAGGACAUGAACCUCUUCUACAGUGACCUUAUUCAGAAAUCAUUAGCUUCAAAUGUAGAAAAGUGCAAUGAGAAAACCAGUGGUAGUCAAUCGGGGCAGCCCUUUCAUGAGGCAAGGUGAGGCAGUCACCUUGGGAGGCAGAUUACUGGAGCACUAGCAGGGUGACAAAGUGUCCUCCAGCACUGCCAUCAGAGCAGCUCUUUGGGACUGAGCUGACCCUUGCCAAGCUUUGCAAGUAGCAACACUCCUUACAAACCUUGCAAGAAGCAUUAGGAGAGAGGAAGAGGCUGCUGGCAAUUUUACCUCCUCCCUGCCCCUGGUGCCACUUUCAAAACUAGCAAGAGUUGGUUUUGAAAGGGGACACCAGGGCCAUGGGGCAGCAUUUCUGGCACCACAAUACCUCGGGCCACCCUGUAUUCAGUCCUACAAUGCUGGACUUGAAACUGUAAGAUCCUGGUGGAUUUGAGUCUCACUUCUGCCAUAGGUUCCUUCUCCCCAAUCCUUUACUUUCUUGCGAGCACAAAAGCUUCAGUGUGCAUGUGGCACCCUCCUGCCUACACACAUUUCCCUGUUCAAAUGACUGAAGGGUUCAUUUGAGAAUGCAGAGAUGCCUCUCAACAGAGAAGCACAUACAUUCAGGAGCUUGGUGUGUGCACUGGAGUGUGUGUGUGGAACUCUGGAUCAAGCCAGUGUGAGGCCU